CCCUGCAGAGAGAGGGUGCAGUUUGUGUUAUUGCUCUACGGGGAGAGUGGUUUAUCAGAGGAGGAGGCAGAGGAAGGGAGAGAGUUGCUUGUUGUCGUGGUCUCUCCCCUGAGUGGCUAAGGGGUGGCUCUUGGUGACAGGAAACGCUAGGCUUGCAAUGAGACCUUAGCGCUGAGUGGAGUAUGCUGCAGACGAUUUACGAGGGCGAGUCAAGUUUCUCCACAACAGAAAGGCGCGUUGGACACCAGCAGCUCCCCAACCAGAGCAAGAUGCACAACGUGAACAACUCAGUGGACAUUAAGCCAGACGUGCCAUUGGCUGUGGAGUCUUUAUCACCGUUGGACCUGCGUACAGAUCUGAGGAUGCUAGGGUCAGGCUCUGACCCGGGACUGUGGGAGAGGCAGCUGCAGCAGGAGCUGCUCCUAAUUCAGAAGCAGCAGCAGAUCCAGAAGCAGCUACUAAUCAGCGAGUUCCAGAAGCAGCAUGAGAAGUUGACCCGUCAGCACCAGGCUCAGCUCCAAGAGCACCUCAAGCUCCAGCACGAACUCCAGGCCAUGAAACAGCAGCAGGAACUUGCAGAGAAGGAGCGUCGUUUUGAGCAGCAGCAGCAGCAGCAGCAGCAGCAGCAGAGCCAGCAGGAGAAGGAGCAGGAGAGGAAUCGGAGAGAGCAGCAUGUUUCCAGCCUGAUCCUCAGGGGCAAGGAGCGCUCCAGAGAGGGGGCUGUGGCAAGUACCGAGGUGAAGCAGAAACUCCAAGAGUUUCUGUUGAGCAAAUCAGCAAAGGACCCUUCCAUCAAUGGAGUCAAUCAUUCUUUCAUCCACCACCAAAAACUCUGGUACACGUCCUCUCACCACACAUCCCUGGACCAAAGCUCUCCACCUCUGGGCGGCACAUCCCCCACCUGCCAGUAUACUCUGCCAUCACCCAUAGAGAGCAAGGACGACUUCCCCUUGAGAAAGACAGCCUCCGAGCCCAACCUGAAGGUACGAUCCAGACUGAAGCAGAAGGUAGCAGAGAGGAGGAGCAGCCCGAUGCUCAAGAGAAGAGAUGGAAACAUCAUGACUCCAUACAAGAAGAGAGCUCUGGAGCUAAUGGACUCUACGCCCACUAACAGUGCCCCUGGCUCCGGCCCCAGCUCUCCCAUAGGGGCCUCCAGUGCCUUGGGGGCUGAAAAUGGACCCUCCUCUCUGCCUACUACCACAAAAACUGAGAGAUGGCCUUCACAACCGAGAUUAUUCCGACCUGAGGGCUCUGUGUCGAUGCUGAGCUUAUACACUUCUCCCUCUUUACCCAACAUCUCUUUGGGGCUUUCAACUGCAUCCUCACCCAUAAGUGCCGCCAUGGGGUUGGGGGACAGAUCGACAGAAAUUAAGCAUGGGCUGCCUGGGCACCUGCUGGGCCCUGUGCCCCUUCAGACAGGCCUCGAGUCUAAAGUGAGCCCGAGUCACCAGGCCCUCCUACAACACCUCCUGCAGAAGGAGCAGAUGAGGCAGCAGAAGAUGCUCUCCUCUGGCCAGGGCACCAUGUCCUCCCACCCUCAGUCUCCUCUGGCCAUGAAGGAUCGCCCCUCCAGCAGUCGGCCUAAACUACCAAAACACCGGCCCUUGAACAGGACCCAGUCAGCGCCGCUGCCUCAGAACACACUGGCCCAACUUGUCAUCCAGCAGCAACACCAGCACUUCCUGGAGAAACAGAAACAGUACCAGCAGCAGAUCCACAUAAACAAGCUGCUGUCCAAGUCCAUUGAGCAGUUACGUCAGCCCAGUGCACACCUGCAGGAAUCGGAGGAAGAGCAGGAGGAUCAGCACAGGGAGCUGACGGAGAGCAUGCAGGAGGACCGGCUGCCCCCUGGAGGAGUCAUCCGGAAGCACACACUGAGCAGCAGCAGUGGCUCCAGUGGCGAGCUCCCCGAAGCUCACUACGGGGUCAUCAGGGUCAAGGAGGAGCCGGUUGAUAGUGAAGACGAGGCCCUGACCAAUCAGGGCUUAGAGCCGGAGCAGAGCACCUAUCUCCACCAGGUCAAAGGACGACUGGUGAUAAGAGCCAUGAUCUGAGAAGGGAAGAGGAUGAGAUCACACACUUGCAACAUUCGCAAAUAAACAAGUCUCUACAAACAUGUGCAUCUACAUCCCUUCAGUUUACACACACACACACACACACACACACACACACACACACACACACACACACACACACACACACAC